GAUUUGCGCAUUCUGACCGAAUUUUCAGCGGACCGGCUAAAUGACGACAAAACUUCCGGUGGUUUGUGUUUCGAGUCUCGUGCCGCGACUCGCUGCCGUCGUCCGUCAGUUGCUUCCGGCGGCAGAAAUCCUGGAAGCAACCCCGGGUGAGGAUGGCAGAUCUCGAAUUCCUGCUAACACAGAAAUAUUGUUCGGUGAUACCCCGACUAUUAUUACUUGUAUAAAAGACGGCCAUAUUAAUCUGCAAUGGGCACAAAGCACCUGGGCAGGCGUUGAAGCGCUUUUUAGAGCCUUUCCAACGCCUCCGGAAGGGGUGUCCAUUACACGCAUGGGUGACGGGUUUGGUCGCUUGAUGGCAGAGUAUGUCGUCGGCAAUAUCUUAUCCAGGGAGCUCUCUGUUGUGAAAUUCAGCCAGCAACAGCAGAAUAACAUGUGGGACAAAAGCCCUGCAGAGGACAGACGGAUGCUGACCUCAAUAACCCUUGGUGUCCUGGGGGUCGGAUCCAUCAGUACAGAAAUUGCCCGGUUGAGUCGGGCUGUCGGAAUGACAGUGUGGGGACUAUGUAGAGCGAAAAAACAGUCCAGGCCGGAAUUUAAUCGUCUGACAACGGUCGGUAACCUGUGCGAGUUCCUGGCGGGGUGUGACUACAUCUGUAACGUUCUCCCCAGUACGACAGAGACCCAGGACUUACUGUCGGGAGACGCUCUAUCAUGCUGCAAGUCCAAGAGUCCGGUUUUCAUCAAUGUCGGACGUGGAGGCAUCAUCAGCGAGGAAUCACUACUUGCUGCUCUCGAGAAUGGUUGGUUACGUGGUGCGGUGUUGGAUGUGUUUAAAGAGGAGCCACUUCCGGUAAAUAGCCCCUUAUGGUCACACCCAAAAGUGACGGUUACUCCCCACAUAUCUGGCCCAAGUGUGGCAGAAAACAUUGCUGAAGUGUUCGUUCGGAAUUACGAGAAAUACGUCAACAACCAGAGCUUAGAUCACGUGGUGAAUUGGGAAAAAGGCUAUUGAACGUUUUUGUCUAUUGUUAUUGAUUUUUGUACAAGAAAUAGAUAAAGACCUACAUGUAGCAUAUGUUGUAAACAUACAAUAAAUUACACAAUUCAGAAAUUAAUUGAAACAUUUAUCAAUAAAUUGAUUGAAGCAUUAAUCUUUUACGAAAUUUACGUUUACUCAUGUUAUAUAAUUAAUCAAAUCCAGUGUCUUUGUGUUUUCGGGAAAUUACCUUUAAUAUUAUUAUGUAUACUCAGUAAUUGUAAAUGCUUUUAAGAAAAAAUAACAGUUACAUUACAGAUUCAUUGUUCAAAUAUUCAUUUACAUUUGCCAAAA